AUGACGUCUAGCCUGGCUGUGCAGCUGUGUUCCAAGGUUCGCACGAAGAAAGAAGAAGGUGAGCAAUUCCUGAAGGUCUUGUUUGCUGUGCCAAAGGUGAAACUAGACGCGUACAUUGAGCAGAAAGGUCCAGAUGCUGCCAACUACCUAGCGCAGUGGCAGAUCAAAGGGCCUGCACCUUCCAGGUACUAACUUAGUCUUUAUCAAUUGGUGUAGCUCUGUCUAUGAAUCUAAGCUACGAAGUCUGUCUGUGCAUCUAAAGAUGAGCGUGAGACUAUCAGUGGAGUGGUGAGAUGGAAACUCUGUAGUUGCAGUCUGUCUCCCGCAUAAACAUCAUAAAAUCCAUCAUAAACGCCACAGCUUGGCGGAGAAGUUUCCCUCGGCAACGCGUUAUCACCUUGAUGGCGAGGCUCCUGCUCUGGGUCAGGGAUACGAACGGUGCCAAGUUUCGGCCAGUGAGACCACCACCAUGGAACAGUCCGGGUCUGCCUUGGGUCCCGCGUUGGCCGGCAUGUUGUACAAGAACCAGAAGGCGAUCACGGGUCAUGCAGGAGAAAACGAAGUCGAAGAUGAAGACGAUUCCUCAAAGCGGCCGAGAUCACCAUCCGGAGCGCCAGGUGGUGCUGGAUCUGCCGGCUCAGGUGGUUCUCCUCCUGCGAAAAAAGCGAGACAUGGCAAGUCUGUGAACUUCAACGUCAACACGCCGAGCCAGGACUCACCACAGCGACCAGCAGGACUACCAGUUCCACCCUUGAGCUCGAACACGGAAUUUCCACCGUUACCGGCACCAGGAGGGCCACCAGCUGGAAAGGGAAUUUUGAAAGCCGGAGCUUCGUCUUCGAGCUCGACGAGCGGUUCGUCGUCGUCCAGCGUUGGACGUGGACCGCGAGGCAACGGCGGAAGCACAUCAACCACUACUACUGGCAGCGCUCCAGGUGGUGCAUCAAGUUCACACGGUACUGGUGGAAUUCAGGCGUCACUGGGUGAGAAGGGUGAUCCAGACGCGACGCUGCAAUUUCUCACGAUGUUCCGCGCAGACCUUGGCCGCAAACACUGGGCAGCAGCGAAUAACAAACUGGCGAUGGCGACUCAGUGUCUAGCGAAGGAUGGAAGUACUACUACUAUUUUGAGUUAUUGAAUGAUGUCUAGCAUAAUACUAUACGACUACUGUACACUAUCAGACGAUAACUCUACAUUAUUGCGCGAUUACUCCAUGAUUACUCCAUCACUAUUGCAUUAUUACUUCAUGACUACUCCAUGACUAAUCAUUAUUACUACAUGAUUAGUACAUGAUUAGUGCGUGGCUAUUGCGUGAUUUCUACAUGAUUACUGCAGGACUACUUUACAUUUUCAGACGAAUGCCAUAUCUUAUUCCACUAGUUCUCUUUCCACCUACACCCACAGACGACGCAAAGGCCAAAGUUGAGCGCGGUGUGACCUCCAUGCUGAUGCCCAGCAGUGCAAGCGUGAAGGACAUCAAUAUCUUCGAGAAGGCGCUAAGGAAAAUGAGUGGGGUAGUAGCAAAGGGAAUCCUGAACUUGGUCGAGGGUGACUUGGAUGCUUUCAAGGAGCCGACAGCACCGCUGGGCCUCGGUACCAUCGUCAAGUUGAUGGGUUCGCCGCUCUACAAGUCGUUCGAGGCUGAUCUACAACAGGGAAAAGCAAUCGACAAGGCUCGCAGCAUGCUUGAUCAGGAAUUUGGUGGAGGUGAUGACAUUGAGAUGGCGGAUGAUGAGGAGGACUCACUUGCAGACCUGUGCUCACUGGUUCCAGAAGAUACAGGUCUGACGAAUUUGCUUCUGUCCAUAACCGGCACGAAGCAGCAGAUGCUGAAUUACUGGCACAACGUGGACGAGACAGAAGUGGCGAAUUUGGUGAAGUCAUACCCGAAAUUGUCCUGGCUCGUGGAUGAUAAUUAUGAGCAUGAGUAAACGCAUCUCCACACUUAAUUUAGAAAAUUUAGAUGUAAUGAAAGAAAAGCUCAUAUUUAAAUUUAGAAAUUCAUAUUUAAAUUUAUUCUUGUGCUUGAUUAAUCCACGCUUCUUCUAAUUUUGGGAGAACCUGCGGAACUCCUACUAUAUGGGAGUAAAGGACUGGGCGAACCUUCCGAAGUUCAAGGACGCGGAAACCUCCCUGCUGCAAGUCAUCGCGCGCGACCUGUUUCGGCAGCGUUUAGAUUUGAGUGGCAAGCAGUUUCAGUCUCCUGCGCCGAUAUUGGAAUGGGCAACGAACAUGAAGCAGCUCGGCCUCGGAGGGGAUUGCAGUACUACCUAGAGUGUCACCGUUUAGAUUGUGCAUGUCUAUAAGCUCUGACGUACUGAAUUUCAACAAGAUUAAUUUCUCAAAAGCUUCCUUCUACUAAACUACCAUCACUCAUCCGAAACUGCGUCGCCUAUUAUAUCUACAUCCAUCUACAACUCAUACACAGAAACGCUGAAGCAUGAGGUGGCCUUCGCACUAGGAGCAGAGUUGUGGACUAUUCGAAACGGAGCAUCUGUGGCUACGCCGGCCUAUUUCAUUAGCGUUGCUGGUGAAGACAAAAGCAAGGAGGACGGAUCAAUCUUGCCGCCUAAGUUGCGGACGUACUUGCUAUCGCAACUGAGUGGCAAGCAAAACAAGGUGCGGGGGGGCUGGCUGGCCAGAGUGAUCAAGGUAAUUGUAUUGCUUCUUCAGAUCUAGACUUCGUGAUAUACUCGCUAUUUCGCUCGCGUUUCCCUAUGAUUUCCCUAUGGUUUCUCUAUGAUUUCUGUAUGAUUUCUUUAUGAUUUCUGUAUGAUUUUUCUAUGAUUUAUGUGCAAUUUCUGAACAAUUUGAUUUAUCGACCAUCACUAACAGGACGCAAAUGACGAGAAGGACAAGAAGAAUGCGAAAGAGUUGGAGGACCGAAAAUGGGCGAAACUGCGAACAGCUAUCCGCAAAUUGCUCGAGAACCCCACCCAGAGUUGCAUCUUGGUCGACUUAGUGAAGGAAUCGAAGGAGAGGAAUUGGCUAAAGGAGCUCACACCAGAGCAGGCCAAGGAAGCGGUGGAGAACGCAGGACUAACGGCAGACGAAGCAGCUGGUCGCGAGGAUGAGUUUUUUUACACGACGGUGGAGCUACUUGCCCAAGGUCUCCAAGAAGCCAAAACGGAUGUGGCAGCGUGUCUGAAGUACUUCACGCCAGCUGAGGCGGAGACAACUGGGGCCGCAGCCCCAGGCGCGGAAGGAGACGGAGAAGGAAUAGCUGACGGUGAAGAAGGACAAGCUGAUGGCGCGUCACUUGUAGAUGCAGCAGGUGCUCCAGCUGGUGCACAGCAAGAACAAGGCCAAGGUGCAGGCAAGGCGAAGUCUAAGAAGGAGAAACAGGCGCCAGAGGUACUACGUCUAAUUUAUGUAUGAUUAGUGUAUGAUUAUUGUAUGAUUAUUGUAUGAUUAUUGUAUGACUAGUGUUUCAUUAUUGUAUGAUUAGUGUGUCACUAUUGUGUGACUAUUGGUGUUUACUAUGUCAUUACUGGUCUUUUCUAGUCUUUUAUAAUCUAAAUUCUUCUUUUAUAAUCUAAAUUCUUCUUUUAUAAUCUAAAUCUAUCUUACUUGUAUAAUCUAAAUUUUUUACAAUCACACUACAGCAAAAGUGGAGCAAGGACACACUGUUUAAGGGCGAGCUCGUCUUCAUCGACUACACCUCUGGAAAAAGACCAGCAUGCAUAAGGGACGUAGAUCCCACCGUUCUACGACAGCACGCCGGCCAAAUUACGGCCUUGAGGAAGAGCGACGCAGAAGUUAAAUACAACUGCGCCGCCUACCAGGGCUCCGUCGCAGUGCCGUACUCGAGGAUCGUGGAGCGACAGAUGUCCGCGCAAGUGACGAACAACAUCACGAACAACACGACCAACUUUGACGUGCUGCGCGGUGUUUUUCCGCAAGCCGGUGCAUCAUCUUCAUCCUCAGGCGCUGCCGCUCCUCCACCCGCUGACGCUCUGCCACCCGUGCCAGAUGGCGAUAUCCUUGGUGAGUUCUUUGACAAUGACACGAGUAUGAUCAAUAAUCAUAAUGACGACGGGGAUAUCGAUGAGCUAGACGCAUUAUUCGGGUCGGAUCCAUUGUUGUAG